GGCAUGGUGGACACUGCGAACAAGAACUUCGGCGGCGGGAACACCGCUUGGGAGGAGAGGGCGCUGUCCAAGUAUGAGUUCAGCGAGAUCCGCCUGGUGGAGAUCCUGGAGGGGCUGUGCGGGAGCAGCGACUUUGAGUGCAACCAGAUGGUGGAGCGGCAUGAGGAGCACCUGGAGGCCUGGUGGCUGCGGCUGAAGAAGGAGCAUCCUGAUUUAUUUGAAUGGUUCUGUGUGAAAACGCUGAAAGUGUGCUGUUCCCCAGGAACCUACGGGCCCGACUGUGUUGCGUGCCAGGGCGGGUCCAGGAGGCCCUGCGGUGGGAACGGCCACUGCAGCGGGGACGGCAGCAGAGAGGGGGACGGGUCCUGCCAGUGCCACGUUGGGUAUCAGGGCGCACUGUGCACUGACUGCGUGGAUGGCUACUUCAGCUCGCUGCGGAACGAGACCCACAGUGUCUGCACAGCCUGUGACGAGUCCUGCAGGACGUGCCAGGGCCCGACCAGCAGGGACUGCCUCGAGUGCGAAGUGGGCUGGGCUCGUGUGGACGACGCCUGCGUGGAUGUGGAUGAGUGCGCUGCGGAGACGCCGCCCUGCAGUGACACACAGUACUGCGAGAACGCCAGCGGCUCCUACACAUGCGAAGACUGCGACCCCACCUGUGUGGGCUGUACCGGGAAGGGCCCCGGGAAGUGCAAGCAGUGUGUCACCGGCUACGCAGAGGAGGGUGGACAGUGCACAGAUGUUGAUGAGUGCUCCCUAGCAGAAAAAGCUUGCAUGAGGGAAAAUGAAAACUGCUACAACACCCCUGGGAGUUUCGUGUGUGUGUGUCCCGAAGGCUUUGAAGACACAGAAGAGGCCUGUGUGGAGACAGCAGGAGGUGGAGUCACAGAAGAAAGCCCAGCACAGCUGCCUAACCAUGAGGACUUGUAACAGGCAUCGAGCACGACACCGCACCCACCCUAAGUUAUUCAGAGACGCUGCGUGGCCCUCCGUGGUUCCAGGUGGUCUCGGCCUCCGUGGAAGUGGGUGAUGCUUGUAGGCCGUGCCUAGCUGCGCUUCCUGGUUGUUAGACAAAUGUGUAUAUUUUGAUACUUUCUUUAUAAUAAAACAGGCUGUGAGGUGGUCAGGGACAGGCUGCUGGACUCGCCCCACUCAGACUGGGCCUCGGGCGGGGUGUGCUCUGCUGGCUUGAGUGUGGCCCCAGGGCCCCCCUGCUGCCUCCGCAGUGGGCACCUCA